AUGGCCAUGACUAGCAAGUGGCUAAUCCCUAUGCUUGUGGCUUUGCUCGUUGCCAACACAAGCGCUAGGCAACUAGUGAACAAAGCUGGGUCACUAGAGGAGGCGAAAUGGGGGCAUAAGGGACUCGACGGAGGUGCCGGACUUGGAGGAGGAUUUGGCAGUGGUGCAGGACUUGGCGGCGGUUUUGGACUUGGUGGAGGCGCUGGACUAGGAGGAGGCGGUGGUGGUGGAUUUGGAGGAGGUGGUGGUGGAGGAUUUGGAGGAGGAGGAGGAGCUGGAGCUGGAGGAGGUUUUGGCGGUGGUUCUGGACUUGGCGGAGGUGGUGGUGGCGGCAGGGGACUCGGUGGCGGAGCUGGAUUUGGUGGUGGUGCUGGCGCUGGCGCUGGUGGCGGGUUCGGUGGCGGCAUCCCAUGA